GUGGACGGAGGGGCACGGGCAGGGCCACCGCGGAGCCGCCGUGAUCACCUGAGCGUGCCGCCGCGACCUGACCUGACCUGACCUGAGCGGACCCAAGCUGACCUGACCUGAGGAAACCCGAGCCGAGCUGGCCCGACCUGACCUGACUGACCUGAGCCGACUUGAGCAGCGGCGUGACAGGACCGCGCCGCAGCGGAGGACAGCAGCGCUGCGCGGGAUGUGAGCGACCCGAGGUGCCGUGAGCGCGCUCCGGGACGAUGGCGAACAGGCGGCACCGCUGGGUACAUUGUGUCGUGUUCCUGCUCUGGCUGGCCCUGCAGGCGCACGUGCUGAACGGCUGUCCGCCCGAGUGCUCGUGCCAGGGCUCGGCCGUCGACUGUAGUCACCGCAAGCUGGAGCGGGUGCCGCGCAAUCUGCCGUACGGCGCCACGCGACUGGACCUCAGGAACAACCGCCUGUCGGCACUGCGCGGCGAUGACUUCGUCGGCCUCAACCGCCUCCGAUCUCUGGACCUGAGCGGCAACAAGCUGUCGGUGCUGGGACGACUCGCUUUCGGUCACCUGCACAGCCUGCGGACGUUACACCUCGACCGCAAUGAGAUCAGCUGUCUGGACCAGCAGAGCUUCCACGGGCUGCAGUACCUGGAGACGCUGACGCUGAACGGCAACCUGCUGACGUCACUGCCGGACGGCGUGUUUGAGGCGCUGCGGAACCUGCUGUCGGUGGAGCUGGCUGACAACCGGCUCAUCUGCGACUGUCAUCUCACGUGGCUGGGCCGCUGGUACCGCAGCAAGGGCCAGGGCCACGCCGUCUGCAGUUCGCCGCUGCGCCUCAAGGACCGCCGGCUCUCGGAUGUGCGUGACGCCGAGUUCAAGUGUUCCGGUCUGGAGCACACGCCCGGCGGCCGCUGUUCGUCCCGGUCGCGGUGUCCGCCGCUCUGCAAGUGCUCCGACCGCGUGGUCGACUGCCGGGACCGCGGCCUGGGCGCCGUGCCCGAGGCGCUGCCGCUCGGCACCGAGGAGCUGAGAUUGGAGCAGAACAAGAUCACAGAGAUCCCGGCGGCCGCCUUCAAGCACUACCGGAACCUGAAUAAAAUAGACAUCAGCAACAACGAGAUCAAGGCCGUGGCGCGUGACGCAUUCGCCGGGCUCACCAACCUCAAAUCGCUGAUUUUAUACAAUAACAAGAUCGAGCAGCUGCCCAACCAGUUGUUCAGUGGCUUGUCGUCUCUACAACUUUUGCUGCUGAACGCCAACCAGAUCCAGUGCGUCGGCGCCGACGCGUUCCGACACCUGGGCGGACUCAAGCUGCUAUCGCUGUAUGACAACAAGAUCAGGAACCUGCCCAACAGCACGUUCAGCUCGCUGCUCGGUAUUCAGACGCUCCACCUCGGCCGUAACCCGUUCGUGUGCGACUGCCACCUGGCCUGGCUGGUGGAGUUCCUGCAGCAGCGGCCGGUGGAGACAUCUGGUGUGCGCUGCGCCGAACCUCGCCGCAUGCAGCGCCGCCGCCUGGCCGUCCUGCAGACGUCUCAGUUGCAGUGCGGCAAGGGUGAGCCUGCUGUCUACCACGAGUGUCUGCUGAAGACAGUCGAGUGUCCGGAGCGGUGCGUCUGCGAGGGCACCACGGUCGACUGCUCGGGCCGCGCCCUCAAGGCCGUCCCCGAGCACAUCCCGAGCACCACCACUGAGCUGAUCUUGAGCAGCAACGAAAUCUCCCGGGUGAGAGCGCUGCCGGUUUUUUCAUCGCUGAGGUCUUUGAGAAAGAUCAACCUGGGCGUCAACUUGAUCGAGAGCAUCGAGGACGGAGCGUUCAGUUCCCUUCAAUCCCUGGAGGAGCUAAUAUUGUCGGAGAACGAGCUGACUCGCAUCAGGCUGGGCACGUUCAGCGGUCUGAGCAAGCUGCGCCUGCUGGCGCUCAACCAUAACAAGAUCAGCUGCGUGGAGCGCGACGCGUUCAGGCACAUGGGCAAGCUGGAGACCUUCGACCUGCAGUCGAAUCCGCUGGCCUGCAAUUGCCGGCUGCGUUGGAUGACGCAGUGGCUGCGGGAGCAACUGGAGGGGGACCUCCAGGUGGGAGCGCCCACCUGCGAGCUUCCCGAUCGGCUGCGGCGCAAGCCGCUCACGCGUCUGGUCCCGGCCGACUUCCAGUGUGAAGGAGCCGACGGCAGGGAGCAGGCCGGCUGCCCGGCCACCAACUACUGCCCGCGGGGCUGCAAGUGCGUCGGCACAGUGGUCCGCUGCAGCCGCGCCCAGCUGGCGCACGUGCCCGGCGGCAUCUCCAGCCGCACCACCGAGCUUUACCUUGACGUCAAUCAGCUGGUCAGCGUGACGUCAUCAGACCUACGUCAUCUGCGUGCACUGAGGCGGCUGGACCUCAGCAACAACCAGAUCGCCACCGUCGAGAACGAUACCUUUGCCCAGCUGAGCAGCCUGGAGACGCUGAUCAUCAGCUAUAACCAGCUGCAGUGCCUGGAGUCUGGCGCGCUGCGCGGUCUCAACUCACUGCGCAUCCUCAGUCUCCAUGGCAACCAGCUGUCGCGCAUCCCAGACGGCUCGUUCAGUCCGUUGACGGCCAUCACCCACAUAGCGCUGGGGUCGAACCCGCUGUACUGCGACUGCAAGCUGCGCUGGCUGGCCGCCUGGGUGAAGAAGGACUUCCGCGAGCCGGGCAUCGCUCGCUGCUCGGCGCCCGCCCGCAUGAGCAACAAGCUGGUGCUCACUUCGAAGCAGGACGAGUUCGUCUGCACCGGCGGGCCCGUGCCGGACGCCAUCUUGGCCAAGUGUGACGUGUGUCACGCCCAGCCGUGCCGUAACGGCGGCCAGUGCCGGGCCGGCCGCGCACGCACCUUCACCUGCCGCUGCGCCCUCGGCUUCUACGGCGACACGUGCGAGCAGACCAUCAACGCCUGCUACGGCACGCCCUGUGCCAACGGCGGCACCUGCAAGGUGGUGCAGGAGGGCCGCUACAGCUGCCAUUGUCCGGACGGCUUCUCGGGCACGCACUGCGAGGUGAACGUGGACGACUGCGCCGGCCACCGGUGCUCGGAGCACGGCCAGUGUCAGGACGGCGUGGGCCGCUACUGGUGCCGCUGCCAGCCUGGCUACACCGGGGAGUUCUGCGAGCGUCGUAUCGAGUUCUGCACGGUGUAUAACCCCUGCGCCGCCGGCUCCACGUGCAAUGACAAGUCUACAGACUACACUUGCACCUGCCCGCCGGGCAUAUCGGGAAAGAACUGCACCGACAACGUGAACAAUUGCGCCAGCAGUCUCUGUCAGAACGGCGCCACCUGCGUGGACGGCGCCGACAGCUACUCCUGCCGGUGCGCGGCCGGGUUCGCCGGCCAGUUCUGCGAGCAGGGCCCGUCGAUUGCGCUCAUGCAGCAGACGUCACCGUGCCAGCAGAACGAGUGCAAGCACGGCGCAUGCUUCCUGCCGCGCGACUCGCAGGAGUACCGCUGCCGCUGCCAAGAGGGCUACACAGGCAAAUACUGUGAGCACCUGACCAGCCUGACGUUCGCGCACGCGGACGCCUACGUGGAGCUGGACCCGCCCAAGUCGACGCAGCACAGCAACGUGACGGUGCUGCUGCGCAGCCGACAGAAGAACGGCGUCGUGGUGUACCGCGGCGGCCGCGAGCACCUGGCCGUGGAGCUGUUCAAGGGCCGGCUGCGCGUGAGCUACGACCUCGGCAACUCGCCCGGCUACACCAUGUUCAGUCUCGGGGUACUCUCCGACGGCCGGCCGCACAAGGUGGAGAUGCUCACCGACGGCGCCAACUUCACGUUCCGCGUCGACGGCGGCCUGACGCGGCCGAUCGUGAACCCGUCCGAGCGCGGCGCGCUCGAUCCCGCCGCGCCGCUCUUCAUCGGAGGCCUGCCGCCCGAGAAGGGCACCUUCGCCGUGCGCCACUGGCAGCUGCGCAACACCACCAGCUUCAGAGGGUGUCUGACGGCGCUGUACGUGGACGACCGCUGGAUCGACUUCCAGCGGGCCAGCCAGCGGCACAAGGUGACGCCCGGCUGCGGCGGCAUCCAGCAGCCGCGCGAUGAGCAGACGAGCGACCUCUGCGCCGACAACGAAUGCAAGAGGGGACGCUGUGUUCCCAAUAAGUCCAGCAACACAUACCGAUGCAAGUGCAAGCGAGGGUGGAGCGGAAAACUUUGCGACAGAGCGCCACGCUGCCGCCGCGAGCAGAACCGCGACUACAUCCGCGAGAACGGCUGCCGCUCCCGGCGGCCGGUGCGCCAGGCGCGCUGCGUCGGCAGCUGCGGGCGCGACUGCUGCCAGCCGCGCCGCGUGCGCCAGCGGCGCGUCAGCUUCAUCUGCAACGACGGCACGCGCUACCGCAAGGUGGUGCCGGUGGCGCGCAAGUGCCGCUGCCGCCGGCGGAAGAAGUGCCAGUAGGCGUGGCCGGCGGUCGGACGGGCUAUGGCCGAGCAGGGCGGGGCGUCCGGCGCCCGGCCGAGCGGCGCCACCUGCCGACGGGCCGGCAGUGCGGGCCGCGCCGGCGCCGGCCGGCGGCCCGCGUCUCGGCGGCGUGCCCGAUGAUAUUAACUCUCUCCUACGUGUUGGGUGUGCGCGGCGCCGCGGCCCUUUCCGUGUACGUGUGCCAAACUCGGAGCAGCUGAGGCAAUCGUUCAAAUUGGAUAUUUAUCGUGCGCGCGCGCGCCUUUGUCCCCGGUGCCACCAGCUCGGACAAGCAGCUGUGCAUUGCAAUUUUCAGCUUUAAGAUCGGAUCCACUAGCCUGCUGUCACGCAUGCUGGCGCCUGCCCAUUGCCCGUGCUGGGUGCUCCUCGGAAGAUCUUCAGAACUCCCUCGCACGUGGCCGCAUGGGAAAGAACUGAGGGCAGAGUGCUCCUCAGAUGCCACCAUUGGAAAGAACAGAGAUCAGAGUGCUCCUCGGAGGCUCCGUGGGGAAGAACUGGGACCGAGUGCUCUUCAGAGGCCACUGGCCUGCCACAUGGGACGCCGUAAACAAUGUUCUCGUCAUAAGGCGCUCUCGGUAAGCCUCUGGAGAGCGUUGACGCCUCGCGCGGCGCGCUUACCUGGCCGCCUCCCGAUGACGGCCGUGCGCACGGCUCGUCCCACGAGCCUCUGUUCUCGGAGGACGUGGUGUGUGCGGCUCGUUCCGCGAACGUGUCCUCUCGGAGGACACAGUAUGCGCGGCUUGGCCUCUCUCGGAGGACACGGUACGCGCGGCUCGGCUCCUCUCGGAGGACGUGUCCCGGGCCGUGGGCCCGAGGCCGCGGCGCCAGUGUCGACAGCUACCUUCGUCAGUCUAACAGUGUUUUUAUAUUUAAGGCCGGGGAGAGGGCGGGUGAGCGCGGCGCCCGCCCGCCCCUCCCCCCGGCUCGCUCGCCGUGCGCUAGAGUCGAUGUAGUCAGCAUCCACCGUAUGUAUGUCUAGCCGUAGCUGUAAUAAAAUACU